AUGUUUGACACCCAGACCCAGACUCUGACUGUUUUGUGUGAGUGUAGAGAGGAAGUAGAUUCAUCCAAAGUCCCGCCAGAACUGAUUUCACCCACAAGUGGUGGACGGUGGACAGUAGUGGUAAAGCAUCCGCAACAAGAUGACUUCUCAGAGAAAUUAGCCAAAUUUCUUGAAGUGGAGGGGAAAACGUUGGAAGACAUUACAACAGAGAGCACUAGUGGUAGUGAUUGGAAUCCUGAAUCCAUAAUUCGUGCUGUUGGCGAUGUUCUGCGACAAAGUCCCAAACCCACAGAGAGUCACAACUACCACCGUCUGAGAACUUUCUCAGGUAUCAGCCCCACUCCAGCUGGUGAAGAAAGUUUAGAUAGCUGGUUGGAUCAAGCAAGAUUCAUGGCAGAAGAAUAUGAGUGCUCGGAAAGAGAGAAGAAACGGAGGAUUGUUGAAAGUCUUAAAGGGCCAGCCAUGGAGAUCAUUCAGGCUGUUCGAGGGUCCAACCAUAAUGCAAGCUGUAUGGAAUAUAUACAAGCUAUUGAUGACACAUUUGGAAGUACGGAGUCUGGAGAAGACCUGUACUUGUCUUUCAAAUCCCUCUAUCAGAAACCAAAUGAAAGAUUAUCAGAUUUUUUACGCAGACUUGAAAAAUCCCUCAGUAAAGUAAUUCAAAGAGGUGGUCUGCCACACGUUGCUGCAAACAGAGCCAGGCUUGACCAGCUCAUUAAAGGUGCUGUCGAGUCCGACCUCAUGAGAUACGUGAAGCAGAAGAUCUGGAAGCUGCCAGACGUUGUCUCCGAAAGCCUGCGUCUCGUCAAUAUGUACAUGCAAUGCAAGUAG